CCAAGAAAUACGUCGGGCAAUAACGAAAUCACAAAUAAUUGCUGUGGGAGAAAUUGCUGGGUUUUUCUUCCUUUGUCGCCACAUUAGCCAUGCAAGGAAUUUCUUUGCGAGACGAGUUCAAUAUUUCCCGUCAUGGCUUGCUACCUUUUUAGGUUAAGAGGAUUGUUCGGGUGACGUGGCAAGUAUAGUAAAAAAUAUCUCUUUUUCCUAUACUCUUUGUACGACCAACCAAAGUGGAAAUACCUUGCAAGGAUUAUCUAACCAACGGUUGAGUUCUCCACAUGUUCCAUACAUCAGUCAGAGGUAUCCGGUCACGGAAGGGCUACCCUCCGUUCUAUAUAGUACGAAAGUGAACUCGAGAUCGAACUGAUUGAGCCCAGAGCUUGAACAAACUCUCAGAAUAAAGAUUUCUACCUAUGGAAAACAGGGUAGUGUGUACGUAGAUUAUUCGCUCUCGACUCAGGUUUCCUUAGCAUCAGUCGUCCAGUGGACUUGAAAGACUCCAGAGAGAUCAGUCAGUCUCAGUCACGAAGAAGCCUAUGCAUGUGUUGGGUAGCAUAAGAAGUGACCAAGGCAACCAGCGUUGAGAUAGGACCUGUUUUAGGUCAAUUGUCGAUAUGAACGGUUGCGGCGGGUGGCACCGCUUUGUGGCAUCGCUCAGGGGAGUCUGGACCCGGAAGUUAUCGUUUCUCAUGCGGAUUACCUUUCUACUGACCUUCGCAUGUCUCCUGUUAUUGACUGUUUCAAUCAAUCUGGAAGAAGACAUGUUUGCUGGGUUCGCUAGGCCUUUGACAAAAGUCGUCGGUGAUGUUGAGAUGGAAGUGAUCAAUCAUGCCGAUCAUGACCACCUGACGCUCGUGCGAGAUAGACAGAGAAAUGAGACUCAAUUAAAGACCAUUCUCAUGUGGAAUGAUGCCUAUGGUGAGCGGCUUUAUGAUAUUGGCCAUGGGAGGGAACCAUUCUAUCGCUACAAGUGCCCAGAGACAAGGUGUUAUGCAACUGCUAAUCGCAGCUAUUUGCCAAAUGUUCAAGACUUUGAUGCCCUUCUAAUACAUCAGCGGUCCAUUGAUUGGGACGAUAUGCCCGCCCAACGAAGCCCACAUCAGCGAUAUGUCCAUUGGCUGGCGGAAUCGGCACAAUACGUUUACAUGGAUGUGAGCAAACUGAAUCACUACUUUAAUUGGACCAUGACGUAUCGGAGGGAUUCGGACAUCUAUUUGCCCUAUGGCCGAUUCCAUCAAAUCAAAUCUCAUCCCAUGGGAGAAGAAUUAGACGCUUACAUCAAGAAGUUCGGGCAGGACAAUCGACAUUUGGCGAGGAAUCGAACCGAAUUCAAAGCUGCCUGGUUCGUAUCCCACUGUGCCACACAAGCCCGACGGGAACAAUAUGCCAAGGCCAUGAAAAAGUACAUGUCCGUGCAUAUCUACGGAAAGUGUGGGCGGUAUCAGUGUGAUCGAAAAAGCGGGUCAAAAUGCUAUCAAGAGAUGGAGAGCAACUACAAGUUUUAUUUAUCUUUUGAGAACUCCAUUUGCAAUGACUAUGUGACAGAGAAGUUUUUCAACGUGUUGAAGUACAAUGUGAUCCCUGUAACCUUUGGUGCGCAUAACUUCUCCGGCAUUGGUCCACCUCACCACGCCUUCAUUAGUGUGUUUGACUACAAGUCGCCCAAGAGGCUUGUUGCAUACCUCGAGACACUUCAAAACGAUGACGCUAAAUAUGCAGAAUAUUUUUGGUGGAAAGACUUCUACGAGGUCCGAAACGACAUGGCAGAUCGUGCACAAUCAUAUUGUGACCUGUGUCAAAAAUUGAAUGAUCCGAAAGAACCUCCAAAGGUUUAUCACGAUAUGAAGAAGUGGUGGAUCAGUGAUUCUCAUUGCAUGAAAUUGAGGUCUAGUUUCUACAACCAGGAUUGAAGCCCAAGUCAGAAAAUGCCCCGGAAGGGUCUCAGCCGAGUCAAUGCCUCCCACUGUGAUACCUACACUAAGCUUGUCUCAAAAUAAUUGUAGUAUUUUAUUCCUCACAGUUUCUAAUACACAGUCCAACUUAA